ACAAACUUCACAUAGAAUUCAGAUGCAAUAAAGUGAUGGAGAUGAAAUAUUUAUUCACAUUUAAAACCAUGCAGAUCAAUAUAACAUAUAAUCACCGGAAGAUAAAAAAUAAAAUAAAAUUAUGAUUCCAGACCAAGUCAUAGAAUCUUCGACUAUUAAACCAAAACCAUUAACAUUUGAGUAAAUAAAAUUGGUUUCAUCUACUUAAGUAAGUGGGGAUGGACAUGUUAAAUCAGUACGAGUUCAAUGUCCCCAGUGCAAAUAAAAAGUAUUAAAAUUAAACAUUUUAGGUUGACACUGUUAUAAUAAGAAAACCAGGAACUUAAACUUAUCUUGCUUCAUGUAUUCUUUUGCUUUGUUCAUUUGGUUUGGUAUGUGUCUCAUGUUUACCAUGUAUCAUUGAUGAUUGUAAAGAUGUUCUACAUUCAUGUCCCUAAUGUAAGAUUCCUUUGGGAAAGACACAAUUUAAGAUUUUAGAUUGAUC